GCCACAAAAAUGCAUCACCUCAACCGCCGCUUCCACCUCCUCCUCAUCCUCAUUGUUUCUCUCGCCCCCUCCCUCUCCCUCACUCUCUCUCUAAACAAAGAAGUCCUCUACCUCCAAAAGGCGAAGCUCAAUUUCGACGAUCCAAAUGCCGCCCUCUCCAAUUGGAACCCCCACGACGAAACCCCAUGCAAAUGGAACGGCGUCGUCUGCGACUCCUCCUCCUCCGUCGUCUCGCUCGAUCUCUCCUCUUCCAGCCUCUCCGGUCCCUUCCCCUCCGUCCUCUGCCGCCUUCAUCGCCUCUCCUCCAUCUCCUUUUACGACAAUUUCAUCAAUUCCACGCUCCCUGACGACGAUCUCGCCGAUUGCCUCGCGCUCCAGCAUCUCGAUCUGGCGCAGAACUACCUCACAGGCGCGCUCCCCCGCCGGAUCUCCGAGCUAACGAGAUUGCGGUAUCUCGAUUUGAGCGGGAACAAUUUCUCCGGCGGAAUUCCGGCGAGCUACGGAACCUUCCAGAAGCUCGAGGUGCUCGCAUUGGUGGAGAAUUUGCUGGAAGGGGUAAUUCCGUCAUUUUUAGGUAAUGUUACGACGCUAAAGAUGUUGAACUUGUCGUACAACCCGUUUUCGCCGGGUCGGAUCCCGCCGGAGAUAGGGAAUCUGACUAAUUUGGAGGUGCUGUGGCUGACACAGACGAGUUUAACCGGCGAGAUUCCUGACUCGCUGGGUCGGCUCGGUAGGCUUGUUGAUUUGGACCUUGCUUACAACGAGUUGUCCGGUUCGAUCCCGCCUUCGCUGACUCAGCUGAGGGCUCUGGUUCAGCUCGAGCUGUAUAACAACUCGUUGAGCGGCAAGUUGCCAAGCGGCGGGUGGUCGAAUAUGACGGGGCUGCGGCGGCUCGACGCGUCGACGAAUGAAUUGACUGGGAGAAUUCCGGUGGAGCUGUGCGAAUUGCCGCUCGAGUCAUUCAAUCUGUAUGAGAACAAUUUGCACGGCGGAUUGCCGGACGUGAUUGCUGAGUCUCCGAAUUUGUAUGAAUUGAAGCUUUUUCGCAACCGGCUGUCGGGGGAGUUGCCUUCCGAUCUCGGUAGAAACUCGGCAUUGUGGUGGAUUGAUGUUUCGACUAACAAUUUUUCAGGACGGAUUCCGGAGAGUUUGUGUUACAACGGCGCUCUCGAAGAGCUGUUGCUGAUUGAGAACUCCUUUUCCGGCGAAAUUCCGGCAAGUCUCGGCGAGUGCCGGAGCUUGCUCCGUGUGAGGUUAGGGCACAAUAAUUUAUCCGGCGACGUACCGGCCGGAUUUUGGGGGCUUCCUCACGUGUCAUUGCUUGAGCUGAUCGGGAACUCGUUUUCCGGCGGAAUUGCGAAAACUAUUGCCGGAGCGUCGAAUUUAUCUCAGUUGAUUCUGUCAGAGAAUAAGUUUUCAGGCAAUCUGCCGGAGGAGAUAGCAUUUCUGGAAAACCUAUUGGAGAUUUCCGGCAACGACAACGAGUUCUCCGGUACGUUGCCUGUCAGCGUGGUGAAUCUCAGGCAAUUAGUGAAGCUCGAUCUUCACAACAAUGCGUUUUCCGGUGGAUUUCCUAUCGGCAUUGAUUCAUGGAAGAAGCUAAAUGAGCUGAAUUUAGCAGACAAUCAAUUUCAUGGUGAAAUCCCGGGCAAAAUUGGGGAAUUAUCCGUUCUAAACUAUCUGGAUUUAUCGAGAAACAAAUUUUCCGGCGAAAUCCCUGUUUCAUUGCAGAAUCUGAAGCUGAAUCGUUUCAAUUUCUCGUAUAAUAAUCUCAGCGGCCACAUUCCUUCAGAUUACGCCAAAGCCAUGUACAAAGACAGCUUUAUUGGAAAUCCGGGUUUGUGCGGAGAAAUCCAAGGAUUAUGCAACAGCGAAGAUAUAAAAAACAAGGGCUACAUUUGGUUUAUCAAAACACUAUUUGUUCUAGUUGGAAUUCUACUCAUAUUUGGCGUAGUUUGGUUCUAUAUCAAAUACAAGAAAUUCAACGAUGUCAAGACAAAUCUCGAAAGUUCAAAAUGGACGUUGAUGUCUUUCCACAAGCUGGGAUUCAGCGAGAGUGAGAUAUUGGAAGCUCUGGAUGAAGACAGCGUGAUCGGGACAGGGGCGUCGGGGAAGGUCUACAAGGUGGUGCUGAGCAACGGCGAGGCCGUGGCUGUGAAGCGGCUGUGGGGACCGUCAAAGGCCGGCGACGACAUCGAGAGAGGGAGCAUUAGGGAUGAUGGUUUUGAUGCAGAGGUAGAGACUUUGGGGAAGAUCAGGCAUAAGAAUAUAGUGAAAUUGUGGUGCUGUUGCACUACAAGAGAUAGUAAACUCUUGGUUUAUGAGUACAUGCCUAAUGGAAGUUUAGGCGAUUUGUUGCACAGCACAAAGAGUGGGUUGUUAGAUUGGCCGAUCAGGUUUAAGAUCGCCGUGGAUGCCGCUGAGGGGCUGUCAUACUUGCACCAUGACUGCGUCCCUCCGAUCGUCCACCGUGACGUGAAGUCGAACAACAUAUUGCUCGACUCCGAGUAUGGAGCUAGGGUUGCUGAUUUCGGCCUGGCCAAGGUGGUGGAUGUUGCUAGUGGCAAGGGCACCAAGUCGAUGUCUGUCAUCGCCGGUUCGUGUGGCUACAUCGCCCCUGAGUACGCUUACACGCUUCGAGUGAAUGAGAAGAGCGACGUCUACAGCUUUGGCGUAGUGAUUCUUGAAUUGGUGACCGGGAGACUCCCUGUGGAUCCCGAGUUUGGUGAGAAGGAUCUGGUGAAUUGGGUGUGUUGGAUGUUAGAUCAGAAGGGGGUCCUCAGUGUGAUCGACCCAAAACUCAACUCUGGCUACACAGAUGACAUCUGCAGACUGCUCAACUUGGGGCUGCUCUGCACAAGCCUGCUCCCGACAAAACGGCCCUCCAUGAGGCACGUGGUGCAGAUGAUGCAGGAGAUCGGGUGUAGGAGCCUCCACAAGAACGUUGUUAAACAAGUGAACUGACGCCCUAUUACUGAGGAGAUGGCUCGAAUCAUGGCAAUGUGACAUGAUGGAUUGGGAUUAGAUUUAAUUGCUAUAUACAUCUUGCAACUAUUUUUUUUCAAUAUUGAGAAGUAUAGAGCCAAGAGAUCAUACUAGUUGUGACUGAAUCGUGCUUUAUAUUCUUUGCCACUUAAAAUUCACUGUUAAUUGGCAGUGACAGUGAGAGCUAUACCAAACCAAGGUGAUAUUAUAUUUCA